AUGGCGGGUCCGCCUCGUCGCACUCCGUUGUCGAUCAUGAAAGCGACGAGUAGCGACAAUCCCAAGGUGACUGAUACCCCUAAGCUCCCUGCUCACGAGCCUGACGACGCAUCCAAGUCGAGUUCUUCCGCGGAUACCGCCGAACAGACGCCUCAACGCCGCAGGAGGGCCGGGGGCACCGUCUCAGAGUUCGGACCUGAACCAGAGUUUUCCGAGGAGCUCGCUCGUCAGUGGGGCUGGACUGACGAUUCCUGGGAGUAUAUGAGUCUUCAUCGACUCACCUCUCGCGGUUGGGUGCGCAUGCGGGAGCCGAUCGACGAUUUCGAGAGGGGGAUAAUGGGCCUUCUUCCGCUGCCGCCAGACGUGGUCGAAGUUCGUCUUGAGGAACGCCGGAAGGAGGACCUGGAGAUGUUAAUGAAGCGGCACGGCGUGAAACCACAGGGUACAUGCGAAAAAUGUCGCGAGAACGGGUUGACUUGCGACGGUACCCGUCCUACUUGCACCGCAUGUGACCUGUGGGGCGCAGAGUGCACGUAUACGCUGACAUCCACCGGCGACGACAUUCGGCGUGCGCUCUUGCUGAAAAUGAAGGCCGAGAUUGACGAGGCUACAGAGCAGUUCGACAAGCUUGCCGUAGAAGCCCCCAAGCAGGAGAAUCAGACCACUCCCGACGCGGAGGAAGGCCAAGACGGUCGAGCAGCCCAAGCGACAUGCGUCGCUGGUGCUCAUCCUUCGCUGUCGACGACGACGGACGAAGUCCCCGUCCAAUCUCCGGGCAGACAAGGCGAGAGCGUCGACGAGCCGAUGGUAGUCUGCAAGCCCGACUCCAUCUGCAGCUUCCCCCGCUCAUUAUGCCGUCCUGUCUGCGUCGUCUUCAGCAUCCAGCUCUUCAAGCCCUCCCUGGUCAGCACCCCUGUGGACGAAGAUGUGCCGAUGGUGGAAGUCGUCAAGCAUGACGAGGUGGUAGAUGCUCCACCGCCUGCGACAAAACAUCACGUAUCCGUUGUUCAAGGACGGGACGACGAAGCGAAGGAGGCCGCCUAUGCGCUCCUAGGGCUGAGCAAAGCGCCUCCCAAGCCUUCGCCCACCAACUGUUCCCCGGCACGAAAGCCUCAGCCAGUCCAUAUGAAGAGCCGAUCACCCGUGGACCUGCCGCGAGCCUGGCAGAUCGCCAUCAUCCACAUCCCGGAGAUCGUGAUCACCCCUCCCGCGAAGGAACUGGCGACGCAGCGGCAGCAUGAAGGACGCAGGUCUAUUGGCAGCCAAGCCGUGGGUGAGCAAGGCCCGUGGCGUUGGGGGAGGCGCGAGGAUGUCAACGACGAAGACGAGGUUGCGCAGAUGUUGGGCGAUUUGAUCCGAGGGCCCGCACAGACGUCAAGCCGACAAGACGAGCGCACGGGCCGAGGAUGGGAGGAGGGAGCCGGGGGCGAAGGCAUACAGCCGGAGACAUCGGAGGUCGCGCUUCGAUGGGCUUCGCAGCGUCUGCGGGAGCAGCCAAGGGUUGGGGCCGACCCGAGGUUUGCGAGCAAAGACGUAGCCUGCCAUACGCGCACAAGAGGCGACAUCACGACGACGCGAAUGACGACUUCGAGCCGAGGACGAGGGCGGGACCGCGGAGACCGACCGGGCGUACCAUCCGGGGGCGUUGGAGUCGCGCUCCCUCCAGCGCACCUCGCAGCGUGCAACGACAGCCACCGCAUACGCGCGAAUCGACCGACCUCUACGAGCGACUUCGAACGCGGUCCGCGUCUGUCGGAUGGAGAAGGAGGGGAUGGAUGGGACAGGGUUGAGUUGAAGGAUUUGGGGGUUGGGAGGGCUGGACUGAGAAUGCAGGGACGGGAGAACUGGACUGAGAGGACUACGCUGUUGGAAAGGUUGCACGUGUAACGCCUGGAGGUCGGGAUCCCGCGCCAGAAUCGGAUUCUCCCUGCGUUCAUUGGAGGCGUCGAUCUUGAUUUGCGCAAAAUAAGCGACAUACCACUGGGCGCUACCUGCAUCCUGUCUGAGUGUGGCCAAUAAUGUGAGACGUUUGAGACCUAUAUGCUGCGCACUGAGAGGAUGCAAGGCGCUAGAACGACACAGCAUGGCGUUUCUUCACCGCAUGCGUGCGGUCGGACCUUGCCAGCAUAUCCCACAACACCUGCGCU